GCGUGUAAAGAAGAAAUGACCGACAGUGACCUCGGAUAAGACUCGUUGUCUUCAUCUCGACACAGCCCAUCAGCAUUGAUGUAGAAUUAGGCAAAACGACGAUUGUAUAUUUUAUUAGCGCCUUCGAGACGUCGAUAGGAAAACAGAGUCGUAAACGCACCAUUCUUUCUUUUGCGCUCAUAUUUAGCACUGCGUAAAUAAUGGAAAAUGUUGAAACAUCCGAUGAAAACGGAACGACGCAUUAUACUAAUGGUUUAGUAAACGGAUUUUGCAGUCCACCGUCCGGUAACGGGGACUGUAUUUCUGGAGGUGGUCUGGGUGGUACUGACAGCGGCUGUAACAGUAGCGGUGGCCAUAAUGGUAUUGAAAAUUUCCACCAUCUUCAUCAGGAUCAUGUACACAACAAUGGGUCGCCUGCGAAGCGCUGCAGACUCAGAAGACGCGUGGAUUCGGGAAAGAAGAACAGACCGCCCUUUCCGUGGUUUGGGAUGGAUAUCGGAGGAACCCUGGUAAAGCUGGUUUAUUUUGAACCCAAGGACAUCACAGCCGAAGAAGAACAGGAGGAAGUCGAGAGCCUGAAGAGUAUUCGCCGCUACCUGACCUCCAACGUGGCCUAUGGCAACACAGGUAUCCGUGAUGUGCACCUGGAGUUGAAAAAUCUCACCAUGUGUGACCGCAAAGGCAACCUGCAUUUCAUCCGCUUCCCCACUCAAGACAUGCACCGCUUCAUUCAAAUGGGCCGAGACAAGAAUUUCUCCAGCUUGCACACCACGCUGUGUGCCACCGGUGGAGGCGCAUACAAGUUUGAGGAUGAUUUCAGAACGGUGGCUGGUCUGGAGCUGCAGAAGCUGGAUGAAUUGGACUGUCUUAUUCAAGGUCUGCUGUACAUUGACUCAGUUGGGUUCAAUGGCCACCCUAAUUGUUAUUUUUUCCAAAACCCCUCUGAUCCUGAAAACUGUGUCAAGAGCCCAUGUAGCCUGGAGAACCCCUUCCCCAUGUUGCUGGUAAACAUUGGCUCGGGGGUUAGCAUCCUGGCCGUCUAUUCCAAGGACGAUUACAAGCGGGUCACGGGCACCAGUCUAGGAGGUGGUACGUUUCUAGGCCUGUGCUGUUUGCUGACUGGUUGUGAGACGUUUGAGGAGGCCUUAGAGAUGGCAGCUAAAGGGGACAGCACAAACGUGGACAAACUAGUGAAAGACAUUUAUGGUGGAGAUUAUGAACGCUUCGGCCUCCAAGGCUCUGCUGUUGCAUCAAGUUUUUGUCACAUGAUGUGCAAGGAGAAACGUGACAGUAUAAGUAAAGAGGACCUGGCUAGGGCCACUCUUGUUACCAUCACAAACAACAUUGGCUCCAUCGCACGCAUGUGCGCAGUGAAUGAGAAAAUUGAUAGAGUGGUUUUUGUUGGGAAUUUCCUUCGAAUCAACACCGUAUCAACUAAGCUGCUAGCGUAUGCCAUGGACUUUUGGUCUGACGGACAACUGAAAGCCCUUUUCUUAGAACAUGAAGGUUAUUUUGGAGCUGUUGGUGCCUUCCUAGAGCUACUAAAGAUGACUGAAGAAUUCUAAGAUGCAGAAGACAUCCUAACCUUCAACCCAGAAGCUGCUGUAAGAUUUCAGGAAAGCCACAUCCCCUAAUAAGGAAAAGCCACUGAUAAUGUGACCAAGUUUUCAUUUCCCAUGAAAUCAUUGAUACCCUCACCCUUCCAGCGCUGACCUAUUUCCAUACUCCUGACCAGAGCAGGUGACCAAGAGGAGGUGCCACAGUAACAGAGCACUGUUUUCAGUGUCUGAUGAGCCGCACCUCAUGCUAACUGUGCCUCACACCGCUGCUGUAAAUACAGCAUAGCUUCUCCUUUGCCAAGACCUGUGUACUGAUGAUUUGAGGGGAAGAUGAUUUAGGAUACUAAUUAUAAUGCCUGUGUCCUUUUGUUAGCUUUAUGCAAAUAAUCUUAAUAUAUGAAAAGGGUCUGGUGGUGAGUUUCAUGUAUAUUUGCGGUACAGUCUGCUGUAUAAAAAUAAAAAAAAUGCAUGUAUGUAUUUCCACAACCUUCCCCUCCUAAACAAAUUAGUUUGGCCCAAAAAUGUCACCCAAAAAUUGUAAUGUUCUCAUUGUUUACUUGCCCUCAUGCAAUCCCAGAUGUGAAUGACUUUCUUUCUUCUGCAAAACAUAAAUAUUUCAGCUCUGCAGGUCCUCACAAUGCAAGUGAAUAGGUACCAAUUUUUUUUAAGUCCUAAAAGCAAAUUAAGGCAGCAUAAAAAUAAUCCAUAAAACUCCAGUGGUAUAAUCCAUGCCUUCAGAAGCGAUAUGAUAUGUGGGUGAGAAACGGAUCAAUAUUUAAGUCCUUUUUUACUAUCUCACCUUUGAUCAGCCCUGACCAAUAGGUGGCGAUAUGCACGAAGAAUGCGAAUCACCAAAAAAACUAAAACCGAGCGAAAUGAGGUUGUAAUCAGAUGAGGUUUUUCAGGUAAAUUUUAGAUGGAGGUUUUAAUAAGUAAAGCGUACCUCCAUAACCUUAAACCUAACCAAUAGUGUCCGAAAAAAUAAAUGAGUUUAACAAAACAGAAAUGCUUACCCUAAACCAACACCUAACCGUAACCGAUAGUGUUUUAAAAUGCAAAUUCUAAAUAAAAAAGAAAACGCAUAAACUGAAGCAACCACGUCAAUUUGUGUCGCUUUUAUGCCAUGUUCACUUUCGUGCGUCUUUGACUGGUCUCAAACUGGUCGUCAAGAAUUAAGUCCAAAACACUAUCAAGUGAGUUACCAAACAAGCUAAUGGAGUUGGAAUAAGUGUGUAUAUUUAGGUGUGUCUGUAAAACAAGUGUUAAAAUUGUAAAUUUUUCAAAUCAUGCAUAAAGUAAAAGUGUAUUGUUAUCAUAACAAAGCAGGGGGAGAAUAAUAGAGUGAAAAAUAAGUUUUUAUAACAUCAAUAUCGCCAAUUGUACUCAUGAUUUAUGUGACAAUGAUUAAACCACACUGUUGUUGUAGCGCCUCUAGUGUUCAUUUCACUAGGAAACUGCGGUGAAAUGUAGAAGCGGCACAUUCAAGGAAGAUUGCAGAAAUGUAUAUAGAGUAGCGUUCAUUCUAUGAGACCAGGUUGCACACCUCUGGGAUGGCAUGAGGAUGAGUAAAUGAUGAUAGAAUUUACAUUUUUAGGUGAACUAUUCCUUUAACAUAGAAUUACAAAAAUUACACACAUUAGCUUUAAGUAGUUUCUCAGUUAGAUAAAUGUUGUUGUUUUUGUUUAGCUUACAGAAUUAGAAAGGAAAUUACAGGUAGACCUAUUUUAUCUUUGUUGGGCCUUGUUUGAUUUGUUGAAUGUUGAUAACAAGAGUAGCUGUAGUUUCUAAUACAUCUUAACUUCUUGACUGGUCUGUCUAGGGGUGGGCGAUAUUAAUAAAAUCUUAUAUCACGAUAUCAUUAGUUUUAUAUCACGAUAUAGUUAACAUUUAAUAUAAUAAAUAAAAAUUGUGUCGUACGUGUUUCUUAAAUAGAAUGAGGUGCACAUUUCUUGCCACGUGGUUGUUCUGCAUAACCGUUAUACAGACGAUAAUCCAAAAAAUAUACCGGUUGCCAAAUUUCUACCGGUGUAUCAUGUCUACCGGUAUAUCGCCCACACACAGUUCUGUCUAAUGAACAGAGCACUUAUGCACCUGAGCUGACACUGAUUGUGUUGGGACCAAAUUGUCAAUGUUGACUGGAAAAUAUAUAUGUUCAUCCUACACACUCAACGAUAAAAUCGUAAUUCAUACGACUUUUCUAAAUUUGGCUAAUUCGUAUAAUAUCUGUACAACUGCACUCAUAUGAAUUCGUACGACUACAGACAAUGACGUCGCUGGACAUCGUUUCCAUCUAAUACGUGACAGUUAUUUGCUUGUGUCACACAUCAGCUUCCUCUCAUGUUUCACACUACUGACCGGUUAGGUUUAGAUAAGGGGUUUGAAUAAGGGCAUAACAUUAAUAAGCAUGUCCUUAAUGCCUCGUGCGCAAAACUCGUGCUUAAUUCCGCAUUAGAUAUCCGGGCAUUUGCACGUGAUGAAAUCGUACAAAUUUAUUUGAACGAACUUGUACAAAAUCAUAUGAAAUAGCCAACAUCAUAAAAUGUGUAUGAAUUUUCAUGAGACUGGGUUGGUUCAUCAGAUAGAGAAUUCUUAAUGUUCACUACAUUAGGCUUUUCUCUGUGAUUUUGGGGUUUUACAAUCCCCAAUGCUGAGAUUUCUCUGAUCUGUUCCCCUAACCUUUUUUAUAUACACUGUUGUAUGUACAUAAUUUUUUACAUUUAAUUUAACAUUUGCACAAACCAUUAUUGAACCAUAUUCAUGACGUGCAUUGAUAUCUCAAGUUUCAAGCGAGACUGAUAACUAGUCUAUCAAAUGCCUUCACCCUUCAAACAUUUUCAGCUUAUACAUGGCAUUGUCUAACUGAAAAUAUUGAGCUUUUUGUGACGUAUAACAUGAGAGAACUGCUUUAUUUCUAAAUGCAUUUGUUAAACACUAUAUUAAUACUGGACAGCUAGGGGGUUAAAAUGAACCACGGUGACAUUAAGUUGAGGCUCCAUUUUUUUUGUUCGAAACAAGUAUUUCUAAAGCUGAAAUUAGGGAUUCCAAAAAAGUUACUCCAGUCACUAUAAUCUGUCUAUAUAUGUAAGAUCAAAAAACAAAAGCACGUCCAAGAAAUAAAUGUAUUGCCUUUUUUCUCUCUCUCUUUCUCUCUCAGCAAUUGCAUGUAUCCACAUUUGGCCCCAAUACUAUUAAUUUAAAAGACAUUAAAUUGUUUAUUUUAAGCAGUUCUUCAGUUUGCAGUUGUUUGCAAGCUUCAUGCACUGCACUUAGAUUUUGUAGUGUACUUUUUUGUUCAUUGUGAAUGCAAGCAAGACCAAAAGUACUAUUUCCAUGUAGAAUACUUUUUUGGAAACCUUGCUUAUUUUGUAUCAGAAGUAUUCACAUUAAUACUGUAAUGUUUGUACUGAAACUUUAAAGUAUUGAUCAGCUGUAAUUUAACAACAGACCUGUGCUGACAUUUAAGUGUGCACACUAGCUUCUCUUAAAAGGGUUAGUUCAUUAAAAAUGGAAACCUGUCAUCAUUCACUCCCCCUAAUAUUGUUCCAAACCUGUAUGACUUCUGUGGAAUACAGGAAUAUUAGACAAGUGAAUAGUGACUGAGACUAAAAUUCUACCUAACAUCUUCUUUUGUUAUCUGCAGAAAAGACAUACAGGUUUGGAACAACAUUAAGGUAACUAAAUAAUAAUAACAGAAUUUUUCAAUUUUAAGAGAAUAGAGAAUUUUGACAACCGUCCCUUUAAAAUCUGUAACAGCAAGUUACGUGCACUGCCUCUUUAUGUCUUGAUGCCUAUUACAUUAAACAAAAAUUGUACUAAAAGCUGUUUGCCUCUCCCCUCCUCUGCUGUCUCUCUUUUUAUUCAUGCUUCACAUCCUCUGCUCAAUCCUUAGAAUUGCCUUAUGCAGUAGGGUGCCAUUUUGACUUUGGGUGUCUGGAUUAUGCACAAUGGCACCCCAACAUCUCUAUGAGCCGCAAAAGUAACUUCCAAGUGAUACGGAGUGACUUUUACUGAUGGAGACAAGGCUUUAUCUCUGUAUCCUCUUUGUUGUUGCAAAUGUAACAUUCAGAUGUCAUUGAUCCUAACCAUAUAUUGAGGAGUUGUUUCUUUUUCUGAUUAGACAUGCCACAGCAGACUGAAUGCAUGUGUUGGUAAAUUGUAUUUUAACUGAGCCAAUGCAAAGCAUGUAAGCGAUUGAAAAAGUGUCUUUUCUUUUGGCCCUUAGAUGGUUCACUCCAUCUAAUAUAGACCAAAUGCCUUUGUAACAGGUUCUGUUCAUGUAAACCAGCGUUAUGCCUAAAUCGGAUGUCAGCGCAUGUUCAUUCCUCGUGCUAAUUGUUAAACUGUUCGAAACCUGUCAGAAACUGUCUCUUUUUAUCAUGAAAACAUUGUAUUAUAUGUCUGUCUUGAACUGUACAUUUUACAGCUAUUUUUAGGAAGCAUGUUCUAAACUAUAAAUGCUUUUUCCAGAGCUAAAUUGUUUGUUUAUAAAUCUGAUAAUUUUAUGUGAAAUCCCAUGCUAAUAAUCCACAUUAAUGACCUCAGUCUUUUGACAAGUUUGUCUGUUAUGUACAUGAUCUGAAAGAGAGUGUAAUUCCAUGAUGAGAAGUCAAUUAUUUUUAUUUCAUUCUCAGUGUUCAGGCAAACUUACAUAUGAAUCACAAACAGUAUCAUCAAUCAAUUAAGGAAGUGCAUUUCUUAUAUUGGUGUUGAUCGCAGAGAGGCCCCUGGUUUAUUUAUGCCUCCUAAUAAAAUGUUUGCUUUACUGACUCUGAAAUUCAUGUCACAAGAGAUUUUUAUUUUUUUUUUUCAUAUCAGUUUUUAAGUUAUAUUCAUGUGAAAAGCAAACUACAUUUGUCAAUAAACUGAUUUGUAAAUACCUAAUAAAUGUGUUAAU